AGGUACCAGCAGGUGCCGGUGGUCCUGGUGGGCAACAAGGUGGACCUGGAGGACGAGAGGGAGGUGUCCCCCAGUGAGGGCCAGGCGCUGGCGGAGGACUGGGGCUGUCCUUUCCUGGAGACAUCGGCCAAGAGCAAGACGAUGGUGGACGAGCUGUUCGCCGAGAUCGUGCGGCAGAUGGACUUCUGCCCUCUGCCCGACCGGAGAGAAACCUGCUGCCCCGCCUGCAGCAUCCAGUAGAGGCCCGACGGGUGGAUGGGGGGUAGAAGUUAGCUUGAGAAGAGUGUUGCGGGGCAAAUCCACUCGUCUUCUAGUCCUUUCAGUAUCGACAAAUAUUUAGAGGAAAGGUUUCACUUGACAGAAGAAGCAACACCUGACCUCCAACUUCCCAUCAGUAUCCUGUUGAUGGAGUCGAUUUCCAGGGUUUCCCUAAAGCCAUCAGCCAAGAGGAUCACGGUGCUGAAACCAAGCAGCCACAGGUCCCAACAAAGAUGGCUGCUUGCUCUGCGUUUAUUUCUCCUUUUUUUAGCACUUUUUGGGACAUUUGACAGUGCAAGAGCCUUCACCUGUACGUUGAACACCACUGUGAACGCAGUUGCACUGGAAGUCCACUAGGAAUCAAGAUGAAUGUCUUACCAAGAAAUGAAGCCCUGCACCUUUGGGGGAUCGGCUCCCAAACGCUGACAUGUGCUGUGGAUGACGCGUGCGCGGCGGCGACCUGUAGCACCGACACCAGGACAAUCAGUCCCACCCAAAGAGUCCAUCAGGCGGCCCCGUCGCUCACGCACGGACGCUCUUCACUCUUCAGAUGCAAACGCCUUGUUACUUUGAAUGAACGUCUGUGUCCGUCUACAUGUGUUGGUGGUCUGAUGUCAGAAAACACUUAUUUUCAAUAAAACUUUAUGCACAAGCG